AUGGGAAUCACGACAAGGGGUAACAGAUACAUCGUUACCGUCGUAGACCAUUUCACAAAGUAUCUCGGCGCCUAUCCUGUGCCAGAUAAGAAAGCUGAUACAAUAGCAGAGGUGAUUUUCAGCCAAUGGAUAUGCAUCGGAGGCCGGUGGCCUGAGUGCAUACUCUCCGAUCGCGGCGGUGAAUUUGAGAAUGCUAUCAUUGAAGCACUUUGCGAGAUCCUGAAGAUAAAACAAGACUUUACCAAGGGAUAUUGUCCCCGUGAAAACGGGUUGACUGAAAGAGUGAACGGAACUAUCUCUCGCAUGCUCAAGAAAAAGACUGUCGUUCCCGCAGAAUGGGACAGAAUCUUGCCGGCAGUAGUGUACGCAUACAACGCAUCCCCACACUCGGCAACGGGCGAAAGUCCUCAUUUCUUGGUGUACGGACGCGAUCCACAGUAUCCGUCCUCGGUGAUACCUAGGGAACACCUGUCAUCCUACCAAGUCAAUUAUGAUGACUAUAAGACCGAGCUUCUUGCUGGACUAAAGUUGGCCCGUGAGUGUAUUUCGGAGCGUGCUGAAAAGUACCGCACGGCAAUGAAAAACAGCUAUGACAAAAGGUGGAGCACCAACAAGUCCGAGCAGCAGCCGUCGCUCCCACGCAGAAGACGUGGAAACAAUUGA